CGGCACGCGCGCGCGCACGUGGCAGCGGCCGCCCCGGAUCUCGCCUCGGAUCCUCCCUCGCUCUCUUCCGGCGCCACCCAGCCCAGACCAGCUACUACUACUACCUGCUGCCUGCCAGUAGUACCACCACCGGAGGUCAGGAGCCUCUCCCUCCCAUGGCAUUGCGUGUGAUCCGCUGCUAGUGCUAGGUUGCUUUGCUCUGCUCGCUCCUCCACGUGCGCGGCGCUCGCUGCUGCUGCCGUGCCGACGUGCCGUGCCUUGUGGACUUCCUCCCUCCCUCCCCCGGUUGCGGGUGGGCUUGCAGGCGGGCGGGUGGAGUUUUGGUUGGGGAGAAAAGGAGAGGCGGAGGUGGAGGAGGAGCGCUGCCACGGCCGCUGCGCCAGGUGCCAGGCGAGGCGAGGUGAGGUGAGGUGGGUGGUGGCUCACGGGCGCUUCACGGGUUCUCCGCCGCCUUUGCUUUCACUCACACGGAAAGUGCCGCCGCGCGUGACGCCCCAACCGCCCCAACGCCGACGUCGCCGCGCCGCGCCGCAUACAUAUCCCGCGCCCCUCCUCCUCCUGCGGUGCCACCCGUGCUCGCUUCGCCCGUCCGUCGAUCUGCGCUCGAUUGGCUCCGGCCGGCUGCCGGCAGUGGAUGAGCAUGGGGCGCUACGCGGGCGCCACGGAUCCGGAGGCGGGCAGGGACGGGGCCGGCCAGGCCGUCCUGCUCCGCUCGCCCAGCGGGGCCACCGCGCGGGUGAGCCUGCACGGCGGGCAGGUCGUCUCCUGGACGAACGACCGCGGCGACGAACUCCUCUUCACCAGCAGCAAGGCAAUCAUGAAGCCACCAAAGGCGAUGCGUGGCGGGAUUCCGAUAUGCUUUCCACAGUUUGGAAACUGCGGGACCUUGGAGCGACAUGGAUUUGCGAGGAACAGAAUGUGGGCCCUUGACGAGGAGCAUCCAGGAUUAAGUCGCAGUGACAGCGGCAGCAGAUCUUCCGUUGACCUUAUCCUAAAGCCAUCUGAAGAGGACGUGAAGAGCUGGCCACAUAGUUUCGAGUUCCGGCUGAGAAUCUCUCUCACAAAGGAUGGUGACCUCUCACUGGUGUCGCGCAUCCGAAACGUUAAUGGCAAGCCAUUCAGUUUCUCAUUUGCCUACCACACAUACCUCUCAGUCUCAGACAUCAGCGAGGUGAGGAUAGAAGGCCUGGAGACCCUCGAUUACCUGGACAAUCUCAGCCAGCGGGAACGCCACACCGAACAAGGAGACGCCAUAACCUUCGAAUCAGAGGUCGACCGGGUGUACGUCAGCUCGCCGAACGUGAUAGCGGUGCUGGACCACGAGAAGAAGCGCACGUUCGUGAUCAGGAAGGACGGGCUCCCCGACACCGUGGUGUGGAACCCGUGGGAGAAGAAGGCGAAGACGAUGGCGGACUUCGGGGACGAGGAGUACAAGCAGACGCUGUGCGUGGACGCGGCGGCGGCGGAGCGGCAGAUCACGCUGAGGCCCGGGGAGGAGUGGACGGGGAGGCUGGAGCUCUCCGCCGUGCCGUCGACCAACUGCAGCGACCACCUCGAUCAGCCCGGCAUCAUGCGGAGCGCCAUGGACUCGGCGGUGCUCCCGCGCACCUGCGCCGGCCUCGGCGGCGGCGCCCCAAAGGAGGAGGACGACGACGGAGGCGCCGGCGGCUACGUCAAGGGCGAGCACUGCCUCGGUACCCCACCCCAACGCCCCUACUCUCGCGCCUCACCUCCGGCCUUUCGCUGUUCGCCGACUCUAAGCGGUGAGCAUGACAGCAUCGAUAAUCGUCCAGUAUCAUCUGAUGAAGAAACAUUGCAAGCACGCAAGCGCAGAACCAAAACUAAGGAGCUACCAGCGGUGGAUCUUUCACCAAGUAUAUCACAACAUCAAGAGACUUUGCAAGGCACGGAUUCUGAUGAUGACACCAUAGGAUGUAUGCUUAGGCGCAUAAGGAAAAGGCUGGAUGGGUUAAGCAGGAAGUAUGACAACAACGAUAAUCAUCCAAUAUCAUCUGAUGAAGAAACAUUGCAAGCACGCAAGUUCAGAACCGAAACUAAAGAGCUGCCGUUGACGGAUCUUUCACCGAGUAUAUCACAGCAUCAAGAGACUUCGCAAGGCACAGAUUCUGAUGGCGAGACCAUAGGAUCAAUGCUUAGGCGCACAAGGAAAAGGCUGGAUGGGGUAAGCAGGAAGUAUGACAACAAUGAUAAUCAUCCAGUAUCAUCUGAUGAAGAAACAUUGCAAGCACGCAAGCGCAGAACCAAAACUAAGGAACUGUCAUUGGAGAAUCUUUCACCGAUCACAUCACAGCAUCAAGAGACUUCACAAGGCACGCAUUCUGACGAUGAGACCAUAGGACAUGUGCUUAGGCGCACAAGGAAAAGGCUGCUUGUGUUAAGCCAUAAGAAUGAUAACGGCGAUAAUCAUUCAAUAUCAUCUGAUGAAGAAACAUUGCAAUUACGUAAGCGCAGAACCGAAACUAAAGAGCUGCCGUUGAUGGAUCUUUCACCGAGUAUAUCACAGCAUCAAGAGACUUCGCAAGGCACAGAUUCUGAUGGCGAGACCAUAGGAUCAAUACUUAGUAGAGGAAAGAAGAAAAGGUUAUCCACAUCAGAUGUUACAGAGAAUAAACAAGAACACCUAGAUUCUUUGAAGAACAUUGGUCUGGGGGUUGAGACUAUCGGUUCAAAUAUGAUAACCAAAAAUAAGGAGCUGCCAUCUGUGGAUCUUGCACCAAGUAUAUCACAGCAUCAAGAGACUUCGCAGGGCACAGAUUCUGAUGAUGCGACCAUAGGAUCUCUGCUUGGUAGAGGAAAGAAGAAAAGGUUAUCAACGUCAGAUAUUACAGAGAAUAAACAAGAAGACCUAGAUUCUUCGAAGAACAUUGGUCUGGGCGUUGAGACUAUCGGUUCAAAUGCCAUAACCAAAAAUAAGGCGCUGCCGUCCGUGGAUCUUGUACCGAGUAUAUCACUGCAUCAAGAGACUUUGCAGGGCACAGAUUCUGAUGAUGAGACGAUAGGAUCUCUGCUUAGUAGAGGAAAGAAGAAACGGUUAUCGACAUCAGAUGUUACAGAGAAUAAACAAGAACACCUAGAUUCUUCGAAGAACAUUGGUCUGGGGGUUGAGACUAUCGGUUCAAACAUCAUAACCAAAAAUAAGGAGCUGCCAUCCGUGGAUCUUGCACCAAGUAUAUCUGAACAUCAAGAGACUUCGCAGGGCACUGAUUCUGAUGAUGUGACCAUAGGAUCUCUGCUUGGUAGAGGAAAGAAGAAAAGGUUAUCAAUGUCAGAUAUUACAGAGAAUAAACAAGAAGAUCUAGAUUCUUUGAAGAACAUUGGUCCCGGCGUUGGGACUAUUGGUUCAAAUGCCAUAACCAAAAAUAAGGAGCUGCUGUCCGUGGAUCUUGUACCAAGUAUAUCACAGCAUCAAGAGACUUCGCAGGGCACAGAUUCUGAUGAUGAGACCAUAGGAUCUCUGCUUAGUAGAGGAAAGAAGAAAAGGUUAUCAACGUCAGAUAUUACAGAGAAUAAACAAGAAGACCUAGAUUCUUCGAAGAACACUGGUCUGGGCGUUGAAACUAUUGGUUCAAAUAUCAUACCCAAAAAUAAGGAGCUGGCCUCGGUGGAUCUUCCACCGGGUAUAUCACAGCAUCAAGAGGCUUCACAGGGCACAGAUUCUGAUGAUGAAACCAUAGGAUCUCUGCUUAGCAUAGGAAAGAAAAGAAGGUUAUCUACAUCAGAUGUUACAGAGAACAGACAAGAACACCAAGAUUCUUCGAAGAACAUUGUUCCGGACAUGGAUACUAUCGGUUCAAAUGUCAUGGACGCCCCUCUCCAUCCGGAGCUGAACUCAUCUAAUGAUAACGUUGGUGAUGCUGAACUUCUGGAUGACUUGAGUGAGCCUGAGCUGGAUGGUCGUGAAGAUACCGAGAAAAAAAUCAUCGAUGACAGAGACAUGCCUGAAUCUGGGGACAUGACAGGCUCUAAUGCCGGUCAGAAGGCUGGUUUGAAAAGAAGACAGAGAAUGGUAAUUGACGACGAUGACGACGAGUAGUUUACUUGAAAUUAUUUAGUGAAAAGUCGGACACUGCAGCUGUUUGGAGUAGAUGUUCUGCUACUGCUAUGGUGAGGAGACAUGCUUCUGAGUUUGGGGCUGGAAAUUGGCAGUAAGCAGAUGCAACCUGAGGUUGCCAGGCUCUUGUUUUUGUACAUGAUUUAUUUUCCAAGUUGGCCCUGGUGUCUCUCCGGCCAGUGCUGCCAUAUUUCCAAAUGUACUAGCCAAUCGCAUUAUGGCUCUAUGGGAACACAGUGCUCUCUUUGUUUAA